AUGAAGUACACUAAAUUUUUUAUGUCAGUUCUGCUUCGAGUUAUUUUGGCUGAUAAAUUGAAAUUCUCCAUCGAGAACUACACAACAUCUUCCCGUUCGUCCUAUUUUACAACCCUGAAAGAUACAGAGCUUAUCGGACACGUAGUUGAUCAUUUUGAUUCUCCCAGUUUGUUAUCGUGCGGCCAACACUGUCAGAACACUGCCUGGUGUACUUCCACAAACUUCAAAUUGUCCUCUUUGAAGAACGGAAAAGGAACUUGUGAACUGAACAAACAUGAUUUCUCGGUCAACAGCGAAAACAGCAACCUCCGAAACCAGCUGGGAGUCACCUUUUCGCACUUACUUAAGGUAAUAAAAUCAGAAUAAUAAGGAUAGCCAGUGUAAUAUAGCUUGAGAGAACUGUUUGGGCUUGUAAUUUACAAGAGUUUUACGUAAGCAAUGGGUCUUACGUAUUCUCUAUAAGCCUGUUUUUUUUUUCGUUAAAUAAAUGUCUUUCCACAACUUGGUUUGACCCUAUUGACACUGUUUACAAAAGUAAAUGUUCAGAUAACAGAUUCAGCUUAGUUCAAGAAGGCUUACGACGCAGCUUUGUUAAAUAAUGGCUAAACUUUGUUCGAAUUACCGGGCCUUACUGUCUUAAGAAAGGUAUCCGUCUUUUUAUGUUGCAUCGAUAAGCCAGAAAAAAUCAUUACAGUCAUGAUGAUAUCUAUCGUCAGCCUUGCUAUAGACUUGCAACCGUAAAAUGGCCUCAAAUUCUCCUUUGAAAUUAUUUCAAGCUCUUUGCCAAAAGCAUUACAUCUCAACAUCUUGCGUGCCGAAUGAAUUGAUUGAGCAAAUGGAACAUCUUGCACAAGGUUCUAAAUCUUAACUCAAGAUUCUGUCUUAUCCGAUUACAACCGAACCAGGUACGGUAGUUUAUAGUGUAAUACGACUGGAGAUUGUAUAUAACGAGGCUCUCGCAUUUCCAUUUUAUCAUAAUUAUUUGGAAGACAUCUGCAUUUUUUUUGCUUUUAAAGCGGCCAUUGUCGAGCGCGAAAAAUUUUAUUUGGUACGGCACACGAGGGUACAACCACUUUACCUUCCUUAAAUGGGUUUGUUUCACCUGUGGGAGGCUUUAAGUUCAUCAUUCAUCAUCAGUAAACCAGAAUAAUAUUAUAUUGGACGGCUAGGAAGCAACUACUAAAAGCCCCCAAAAAUUUAUUAAAAACAAAUGUUGCUUAUCCUCGUUUGGUGGAGUCAAUGUCCAUUUAAUCCUACUUUUGGGCAUAAUUCGGGUUUGGGAAAAUAUUUUACACGCAUAACAUAUAUGUCAGUUUCAUGUGUUCUUUGGGUCAAACUAUCGCGUUCAUCAAGCCGAUAAUAUCUCUGGUUGAAACUGCUAUGACGGCUUAAUGAAUGGGAGAAAAUAUUUCAGAAAUUUAAAUCUGUUAAUUUUGCAAUUUUUCCUUCACAUCAAACGACAUGCAUCAACAAAUUUAUAGUGGCCAUGAGUUGCAGUUUAUUAUCAGACUACUUUACAAUCUAGAGACUCCUUACAUUAAACUUUGAAUUGAAGGUUACUACCAUCCUUAAAGUGCUUACAACUCUUGCUUCUAACCUGUUUCAUAGGGCUGUUUGGUUACCGGCUGUAUGAAUGACGGUUCAUGUUUAUCAGACAUGAAGAAAAACACGUUCACAUGCUCUUGCAAAAUACCUUGGAUCGGAGACAGAUGUGAAAUUAUGCUUCCCGCAGCCAAUGGAUAUGAGUUUUCAGGUAGGGCGUAUCUCCAUGAGCUCAUGUUUGAAUUUUUGACAAAAAGUGCUGAAAAUAAGCCUGAAUGAGGCUUGCCCAUGCUGGUCUGCGCAGACGAGAUUUGCUUUGAGAAUGACCCGGCCCAGCCUUUUUGACGAGAAAUUGCCUAAACACAAAGGCUAUACUGAAAAAUCAACUGAAAAAAGAGUCCAAAAAGGAAUACUUUCAAACGUACGACAAAAAAUGGGUUGCCUUUCGAGGUGAUUCAACCUGAGAUUAGAAAGCUUCCCGAGGUUGUGUGAAAAGGUCAGUGGUUAAUGGCUUUUGAGGUGAAAUUCUGGUCAUUUUGUUGCUUCAUGUAUUUGAAAAUGCAACAAAUUUGUCUUCCUCAUCAACCUCACUGUAACCUCAAAGUAGUUCGAUACCUUUCGGGAAGCGUGGAAUUAGCAAGAUUUAUCAGUAAUCAUAGAUUCUCGGUUAAAUCCUUACGACCUCAAGAAUCAUUUUACUCCAAAAAAUGAGCAGACAGAAACUAUCGUUAAUUCAUUUCCUUUCAUGAAUGCUCGUAUUUUGACUGUUUGAAGCAUUUAUUAGCCCUGGGGCGUUCAAAUCGGAAUCUCUUUAUAAAGGAGUGAAUCGAAGUCGUUACUGAGAAUCUCAUUUUUUUGUCGAACAGGCAAUUGUCCCGAAGGUUCCGGAGCCGUUUUUGAAAGCUCGUGUUUUUUCAUAAUCGAUAUUCCAACUGCUUCUUGGAACUAUGCUCGUUGGACUUGCGAAAAUUAUGGAGCAGACCUGGCCGUCAUAAAAUCCGUGAACGAGAAUAACAUCAUCCUAAACCUGGUAACGAAUCAGCCAACAGUACAAGCGUUAGGCGUGUGGAUUGGACUGCAACGAAAUUUUUUUCAAGACUACGCGUUCUACUGGGUCGAUGAUACUCCGUUGGAAUACUCUGCAUGA